AUGAAAACGAUGAGCGCAGCGGCCCACGCCAACAGUCUGGCCAAGAUGACCACGGCCAUGCAACAUGUCUACAGAUAUCCCGUCCCAGACGCAGCCACCGUCAACAGUACCGCGGCCGCGCCAUCCAAGCCAUGGACCCCCCCUCCAGCCACGGCAGGCCACCGCGGCCGCUACCUCUGGACCGACGCCUUUGGCGUCCUCAACUUCCUAACUCUGCACCGCGCCAGCCGCAGGCCGGACAGCAGCAGCAGCGGCGGCGGCGGCGGCGGCGGCGAGUGCAAGAACGAAACCGCCACCUACCUGACAUACGCCACCGCGCUCGCGCAAGCCGUGCACGACGUCCUCGGCCGCACGCGCGACGGCUCCGCGCGGCUCCCGGGAGCCACGGACGCAGACCCGAUGGGCGGCGGCUUGCGGAUCGGCAAGGAGGACGCGGGCGGCCCGGACGGCGACGGCCAGUACCAUCACUACCUCACGCUGUGGAUGUACGCGCUCAACCGGCUGGCCGUGGCGUGGCGCGGCGAGGGGAGAGAGGCCGAGGCGGGCAGAUGGAACGGGCAUGCGGUGAGGCUGAUGCAGGCGGUGCACCCGGCGUUUGUGUACGACAGGGCCGGCGGCGCGCGGCCGAGGAUGUACUGGAAGGUGAGCGUCGACCUGAAGCGGCCGCUGGUGCUGUCCGAGGGAAACUUGGACCCGGUGGAUGGGUUGGUGGUGUGCAAGUUGCUGGCGGAGUUUGAAGGGGGCGGGGAGGAGGUGCUGGCCGAGGAGAGGAGGGACUACGAGAAGAUUGUUGCGACCAAGUGGGCGAAUUACACGAGCAGCGACCCGUUGGAUCUGGGCAUGACGUUGUGGACGGCGCAUCAAUAUGCGGGAAAGGAGCAGUGGGCAACGGGGUUCGUGGAUAGGGCGAAGAGGGACUUGAAAGUGCUUAUCGACUCGGACUAUUUCAAAGCGGGCUUGAGGAGAAGGCUGGCGUUUCGAGAGUUCGGGACAGCCCUGGGCAUCCGUUGUGCACUGUUCGAUGAAGAUGGCUGGGGUGCUGAAGCUGAAAGGGUCAUCGGGGCUUGGGAAGACGCUGGCAUCGUGCCCGAGCCGACGGGAGAGGCGAUGGGGAAUGCCAACGCAUCCACGGAUCUCGCCCCAAUUACACUGGUGAUGUACGCGGCUGCACUGGAACCUGGAGGUAAUUCGAUGUCCUCUCCGUACUUUGCCGUCGAAGCUGACCAUUUGCAGCUUUCAAGCGAGGUUGGAUGGAGCACGUCUAGCAGAUCCGGGGGAAGGCUCAUGGCACCCCCAGAGAUUUGCGUAAUGCCAUCGGGACUUCGAUGCCGGACAAUGUGGAAGCAUGGGUUCGAUGCUGCUCAGGCUGUGUUGAUGAUCCGAAUGUCUGUCGGUGAUUUGCAAAGCGAUCGAGUGAUAAUAAGCGCACCUUCCGAGAGCACAGAUCGACCUAGCUACGAGAUUCGGUCAUGUUUAGCGGGGAGAAAUGGUAAUCGAGUGGAUUAG